AUUUGUCCUAACCCAAGCAAGCAAACAAUCCAUGCUAGCCUAAAACUGCAAAGCCGGCACACAGUUCCAGGUUCCCAAGUCCCAACCUUGAUUAACUACGAAAAUGAAAAGCAAAGCAGCUCUCCGAUUGAUCUCAAUCUGAAUUCUCCAGUUUUCUCAAUACAAAAACAAUGGAAGGACUCCAAUCCCUAAAUCCCACUACACCUUCACCACGAUAUGAUAUAAUAAUUCUUGGGGCUUCAGGCUUUACAGGCAAAUAUGUUGUCAGAGAAGCACUCAAGUUUCUCAAGGUCCCUCAAUCUCCUCUCCAGUCUCUUGCUCUUGCCGGUCGCAACCCUACCAAGCUGACUCAAGCCCUCAAAUGGGCGGCCCAUCCGGACCCACCUCCCUCCCUGCCCAUCCUCACCGCCGAUACCACCGAUCCUCCCUCACUCCGCCGCCUCUGCUCCCAAACUAAGCUCAUCCUCAACUGUGUCGGCCCCUUCCGCCUCCUUGGAGAGCCGGUCGUCGCCGCCUGCGCAGAGACUGGGUGUGAUUACUUGGAUAUAUGUGGGGAGCCUGAGUUUAUGGAAAGAAUGGAGGCAAAGUACCAUGAUAAGGCCGUGGAGACUGGUUCUUUGGUGGUCUCUGCGUGUGGGUUUGAUUCAGUGCCAGCUGAAUUGGGGCUGAUGUUCCAUUCAAGGCAGUGGGAGCCUCCAUCGGUGCCAAAUCGAGUUGAGGCAUAUCUAAGUUUGGAAUCUGAUAAAAAGAUGGUUGGUAACUUUGGGACGUUCCAAUCCGCCGUUUUGGGGGUGGCCAACAUGGACAAGUUGAUGGAGUUGAGGCGGUCAAGACCUAGGAGGCCUAGGCCAAUGAUUCCAGGUCCCCCUCCUCCUAAAGGACCUAUGAUUGAACACAACAAGAAAAUUGGCCUCUGGGCAGUGAGGCUACCUUCAGCAGAUUCUACUGUUGUCAGGAGAACUCUUUCAGCUCUAACUGAAAAUCCUGGCGGUCUUCCUGGAGUUAAUGAGGGCCCCGAACAUAUUGCUAAGAGGGAGGCCUUCUGGUCGACAGUCAAGCCAGCUCAUUUCGGGGUGAAGAUAGGCUCUAAAUCUCUGCUGGGUGUCCUUCAGUUUAUCACAACUGGGAUGUUCAUUGGGCUAUUGGGUAGAAUCUCUUUUGGAAGGUGGCUUCUUUUGACAUUCCCUUCAUUUUUCACCCUGGGAUGGUUUAGUAAGAAGGGUCCCUCUGAAGAUGAGGUGCAAAGUGCUUCAUUCAAGAUGUGGUUUGUUGGACAAGGUUUCAGCAAUGGCAGUCUUGCUUCACAAGGAAAUGCAAAACCUGAUAUGGAGAUGGUAACAAGAGUAAUGGGACCGGAGAUUGGCUACUUGACAACCCCAAUAAUUCUGCUUCAGUGUGCUCUUGUUGUUCUGAGCAAGCGCGACGACCUCCCGAAAGGAGGAGUUCUUACCCCUGGGAUUGUGUUUGGUCCAACAGAUCUCCAAGAAAGACUACAAGAGAAUGGAAUAUCUUUUGAUGUUGUUUCAAAGAGUUCUCUCCCUUCUUAAAGCCUACAGCCUCAAAGUUGUGAGAAACAGUCGGAAAUCUUUGGACCAUCAUCUCAAAAACAAAAACAUGAUCAAUAAAUAAAUUUCACUUGCACUUUUACUU